AAUAAAUGGAUGAAGAUGGGGACAAUAAGGAUAAAGGCGGUGGGCAAACACAUGAGGCAACACGUGUUUACUUUUGCUUUUAUUUUAACACCAUCAUCUUUUAUUAUUCGUUACUUGUCCGACUAAAACACUCACCAUCUCCUCCUCCUCCAAUCCAUAUAUAUUUAAUUUAAUUCGCUAUACAUAUAUAUAUAUAUAGGAGGAGCCGAGGAGGAGGAGGAGAAAUUAAUCAAAUCAAUCAGUAGGCAGUGAGUGAAGAUGGCAGACUGGGGGCCCGUGGUGAUCGCAGUGGUGCUGUUCGUGCUGUUGUCGCCGGGGUUGUUGUUGCAGAUACCGGGAAGAAACAGAGUGGUGGAGUUUGGAAACAUGCAGACCAGCGGACUCUCCAUACUUGUCCACACCGUCAUCUAUUUCGGCCUCCUUACCAUUUUCCUCAUCGCCAUCGGCGUUCACAUCUACACCGGCUAGCUAGCUACCUCUUUUCUUUUCUUUUUUUUUAAACCUUCCUUCCUUUUCAAUUCAUAUGCUGCUGCUGCUGCCGCUGUUUUAAUUAUUACUAGUUCUUUCUAUCAUUUUGUUGGUUGGUUUCAUUAUUAUGAAUUAUUAUUAUUGUAGAAAUA